CUGACUCUUGCUGGUCUUCCGAUAUUGUAAAGGGGCGGAGGAGGCGCCUGCCGUUUGCAGCGAGGGAGCCUGGGGCUCAUGACCAGGGCAACGUUUGCAGAAGGCUGCGAAGGUUUGCAGCUGGUUAAUUGCAGCUUGAAGAGUGAAAAUAGAAUGAAGGAAAAAGCGAAGCUUCUGUCUCUAUUAGCCUUCGUGCUCCUACUGCCUCAAAGCAAAGGGAACCCAUUAAGUAGAGAUGGUGAUGGAUACCAAAGAAUGUUUGAAGACAUGAAGAAGGAAAUAGCUGAUUAUUCAGAUGUGGCGAAGAAAAUUAUCGACCUUGCUAUUUAUGGCAGGGCCCAGAAUAGGUCCUAUGAAAGGCUGGCUCUUUUUGUGGACACUGUUGGACCAAGAUUAAGUGGCUCAAAAAAUCUAGACUUGGCUAUCAAAUACAUGUAUAAAGCCUUGAGGAUGGAUGGCCUGGAAAAUGUCCACUUGGAACCCGUAAAAAUCCCCCACUGGGAAAGGGGGAAAGAGUCAGCAAUGAUGAUAGAACCUCGCAACCAUAGCAUUUCUAUUUUAGGGCUUGGUGGAAGCAUUGCAACUCCUCCUGAAGGCAUUACAGCUGAAGUCCUAGUGGUGACCUCCUUUGAUGAGCUACACCAAAGAGCUCAGGAAGCGAAAGGCAAGAUUGUUGUUUACAACCAGCGUUAUGUCAGCUAUGGAGAAACGGUACAGUACAGGGGACAAGGAGCUGUGGAAGCUGCUAAAGUGGGAGCGAAGGCAUCUCUUAUCAAGACUAUUGCUCCAUUUUCUAUUAAUAGCCCACAUACCGGGAUGCAGUCCUAUCAGUCAGGUGUGCGCAAGAUUCCUACUGCAUGCAUUUCAAUUGAAGAUGCCGAACUGAUGGCGCGCUUAUCUUCUCGAGGCACCAAGAUUGUUUUGACUCUGAAGAUGGAAGCCAAGACCUACCCAGAUGCUGAUUCCUUUAACACCGUAGCAGAAAUAGUUGGAAGCAAGUACCCAGAGCAGAUUGUGCUGGUCAGUGGACAUCUGGACAGCUGGGAUGUCGGGCAGGGAGCCAUGGAUGACGGCGGUGGAGCGUUUGUUUCAUGGGAAGCAUUAUCUCUCCUCAAGGAUCUUGGUCUCCGUCCUAAGAGAACGCUGCGCUUAGUUCUGUGGACUGGAGAAGAGCAAGGCGGAGUAGGAGCUAAACAGUACUACAAGAUGCACAAGGUAAACAUCUCUCACUUUGACAUUGUGAUGGAAUCUGACGAAGGAACCUUCAUGCCAGCUGGUCUGGCUUUCACAGGAAGUGACAAGGCUCGUAAUAUCAUGAAAGAGAUCAUGAAACUGCUGCAGCCAAUCAACGCUACGGGUGUAUUUGAAGAGGGCGGAGGUACGGACAUUAAUUACUGGAUACGGGAUGGAAUACCAGGUGCCAGCUUGCAUGAUGAUAUGACGAGGUACUUCUGGUUUCAUCACUCCCAAGGAGACACCAUGACAGUUCAGGAUCCACGUCAGAUGAACCUCUGCGCUGCUCUUUGGGCAGUCGUGUCCUAUGUAAUUGCUGACAUGGAAGAGAGAGUGCCAGUUUAAUUUUGGUUUUGUAUUUGCAAUAGAACAAAAAAGAACAUUCAUCUUAUCUAGUGUAUACCAGGAAUAUUUUUACUCAUAUGGCCUACAGCUGUGGUGAAAUUCUGUAUUCUCUUUAGAAAAAAACGCUGACUUAAUUUCUCUAAAAGCACGUCCACUGUGAUAUGCAGGCCUGUUUCUAUUUGCUGAUUUAAUACCUUCCGCUUGAGACAUUUGUUUCCUGCUACUUAUAUUAAAUUCUUCUGUGGUUUGCUAUUGCCAGUCUCCUCUCAUCACAGACAUAACACCCAUUGGUGAAUAAGUGAACCUGUGUGUCUGCUAGAUACUUAAAAUAAAUCUUUUCAAUUA